CACUACAGAUGGAGUCACUAUGCAAGUCAAAGGCAGAGAGACUUCAAACUGGGCACACAGCAGGCUGUCUGCGCCUGGAAUCCGCCUCGUCCCUCCUUCAAGCGUCCAGUUCUUCAUAAAGACCAUUCGCUCUGGGAAGCCUAAAUUAAAGGAUUAGUUAAAUGACAGAGUCCGCUGGUAUGGCGCUUGCUACGCAGUCCUCUUUGCGCAAGCGCGCCAGCACGUCUCCGCCCUCUACCUGAAGCGCACCUGGAUCCAACGAGACGGAAGUUUUGUGAGGAAGGAAAACUAAUGGAAUCUUUUUGCUCUCUACGAAAUUUUCAGCAACAAAUAGAGGCUCUCCUGUAAAAACCAGGAUGCCAUUCGUUGGAUUCUCUACGAACAAUUUUAUAGACUUUUCCAACCUGAAACUAAAGUUCAGCGACUCGUGCUGAGUCUCUGUCCAAGGCCAUGCAGCCUGCUCUCCAUCUAAGAAGAAUGACAACUCUCCGCAGAGUGCUCAGAAGAAGGUUGCACCCACUUAAACUCUUGAUAGUGGCCCUUAUCUUUGUCACAUUUGUGUUCCUCCUACAAUGGGAAGUUGGCAGCCAAAACCAACAGGAGGAUCCAUGGCUGAAAGACAUGGCAGUGAAGCGGGAUGCCAUGCUGGGCAUGGUGAUGGGAGCUGUCCAUAACUUAAGGGAUGUGAUGCCAAAAAUGCAGAUCAAAGCCCCCGUACGCCAGCAGGCCAAUACAAACAGCACAGUGUGUCUGCCGGGUCAUUACACUGCUGGUGAGCUCAGGCCAGCUCUGGAGCGGCCGCCUCAGAACCCUCUAGCUCCCGGAGCCUCUGGGAAACCUUUCCUUACAGACUCACUGAGCCCUGAAGAGCAGAAGGAGAAGGAGAGGGGUGAAGAGAAACACUGUUUUAACUUGUAUGCCAGCGAUCGCAUCUCUUUAAGUAGGGACCUGGGUGCAGACACAAGACCACCAGAAUGUAUUGAGCAAACCUUCAAACGGUGCCCCUCGUUGCCAACCACCAGUGUGAUAAUUGUGUUCCACAAUGAAGCUUGGAGCACUCUGCUAAGGACAGUGUACAGUGUCCUCCACACCUCCCCCGCCAUUCUCCUCAAGGAGAUCAUCCUGGUGGAUGACGCCAGCGUGUAUGAUGAUCUGAAGGACAAGCUGGAUGAGUAUUUGAAGCAGCUUAGCAUUGUGCAAGUUGUACGCCAGCGAGAAAGGAAAGGGCUCAUCACAGCUCGGCUGCUGGGUGCCUCCGUGGCCACAGGUGAUACGCUCACCUUUCUGGAUGCACACUGUGAAUGCUUCCAUGGAUGGCUGGAGCCUCUGCUAGGCAGGAUAGCAGAAAACUACACUGCAGUAGUCAGUCCUGAUAUAACCUCCAUUGAUUUCAAUACUUUUGAGUUUAUAAAACCCUCCCCAUAUGGGCAGAAACACAGCCGGGGCAACUUUGACUGGAGCCUGGCUUUUGGCUGGGAGGGUCUCCCAGAUCAUGAGAGACAAAGGAGGAAGGAUGAGACCCAUCCUAUCAAGACUCCCACAUUUGCUGGUGGUCUCUUCUCCAUCUCAAAAGAAUAUUUCUACCAUAUUGGAAGCUAUGAUGAAGAAAUGGAGAUCUGGGGUGGUGAGAAUAUUGAAAUGUCAUUUAGGGUGUGGCAGUGUGGUGGACAGCUGGAGAUCAUCCCUUGCUCUGUUGUUGGUCACGUUUUCCGCACUAAGAGCCCCCACACCUUCCCUAAGGGAACGCAAGUGAUUGCUCGCAACCAGGUACGACUGGCUGAGGUCUGGAUGGACGACUACAAGGAGAUCUUCUACCGUCGUAACUCAGAAGCUGGACAGAUUGCAAGAGAUAGGCUCUUUGGAGAUGUCUCCAAACGCUUAGACCUCCGUGCACGGCUGCAGUGCAAGAGUUUCUCCUGGUAUUUGAAGAACGUUUACCCAGAAGCCUUCCAGCCAGAUUUCAAACCGCUUCGCUUUGGCUCGGUGAAAAAUGUGGCUACAGACACAUGUCUGGAUGCUGGAGAGAACAACCAGGGUGGGAAAGAACUGAUCAUGUACCAGUGUCAUGGACUUGGAGGAAAUCAGUAUUUCGAGUACUCCACACGUCAUGAGAUUAGACACAGCAUUCAGAAGGAGCUGUGUUUGCACGGGAAAGAGGGGACCGUGAAGCUGGAAGACUGCCAGUAUAAAGGUGGGAACACAUUUGUAGGAGCACAGCAAAAAUGGGCACUGAAGGAGAACCAAUUAUUCUACAUCCCAGGACUGAACUUGUGUCUAACUGGCCGUCAUGAACGUCCCACUCUGUCCCUCUGCGACCCCUCAGACAGAUACCAGCUCUGGUCCUUCAUCUGAGGGUGCAAACUACUAUGUGGAGGCAUACUAGGACCAUGGGUUUAUUCUGCUGUAUGCAGUUUAUGCACAGGUUCUUUUAGAUUGAUAUUGUGCUUUAAUUUAUUUUAUAUAAAGAAGAACAGGCUUUGGGAGAAAUACUGUGUGCCACUGCUGGAAGGAAGCAUUGACACAAUGCUCCCCAUCAGACUGUGAACUGAGAUUCCUGGCUCAAUGCAGAUGUGCCUUUUUUUUUCUGUGAGAUGUUUUCACUGCUUCACAACCAACACACAUUAACAGUAUUAGGUAUUUAACGUCAACAUAGAAUAUUUUCCAAUGAGGCGUAUUACCUGAACCUAAAACAAAAAAGAUAUUGUAUAUUACAACUAGAGGUUCAAGUUGGUCACACAAAAAUCCCAAAUAUUUAGGCACCAAAGGAAGUGAAUUUUUCUUUUUCUUUUUAGAAUACAAAUCCCUGUAUUUGGUACCAUCCAGUACCUUUGUUGUGAUUUUAAUCUGGGUGGUUGAGGGAUGGUGGUGGUAUGGUAGACUUGUAGCUAUUCUCUGCUAAUAUGUAAUAUCUGGUUUGACAGUGUUGUGAGCAAAGGUGUCUUCAGCUCAUGGUUGGACACCUUGUUUUCUGUGGUAAUUUGUGUAGUCGAACAUUUUGAGCCCAGAAAACACUUGUGAUAUGAAGGGAGAAGAACGAUCAUUUGAAUGUCAAUUUGGGCUGGUUAAGUGAGUUGAUCCUUAAACAUGAAUUACAGUUAGUUAAAACACAACUUCAAGUUCUCAUUACUGCAGAAAUGUGUUUUAGUGGCCAUACAGUCAGUGUUGAGAAGUAACUAAGUACAUUUUCUCAAGAACUGUACUUAAGUACAAUUUUGACAUAUCUACUUCAUUGAAUAGUUUCAUUUUUUUUUUACUUCAUACAUUGACUUCACUACAUUUUAGAGGAAAUUAUUGCAAUUUUUACUCCAUGACAUUUAUUUUAAGACUUAAUUACUAUACAGAACUUCAUGAUUACAAAAAUACAGUAGAAUUAUGAGACCUCAUUGAUCUGUGGUGGAAAAUUCACAAGCUACCCAGUAGUAUUUCAAAUUAAAUACAUAAAAGCCAAUUAAAAC